AUGCUGAUGGAUGGCUCUAGACUGCCUUCAAACUCGCAGCGUCGAGGUGCGGAUGAGUUUGACUUGAUGCACCAGAAGUUGAGCUGCAAGACAGCAUCGGAGCAACAGCUGGGAUGUCGUCCUGACAGCAAACAACACGUGGCGAGGGAGCUGCUGUCUUACUCGAGCGAGAAGAGUCCAACGCAAGACGGCAGGGAGGCCGAGAGUGUCGAGGAGCAUGCGGAGAUCUCUUGGCGUGACUCACUCAAAGUCGGGCAGAUCAGGAGAAACUUUGUGGAGAGGUUUGCGUCAAUCGCUGCCAUUCCCAUCGGGUUCUUCACGUUCGGACUCGGUGUCGUGAUCACUCCACUUGGCCUUGCAACGACAGCAGCAGUCGGUCUCUAUGCUGUAAUCAAGUAUGAACGACCGUACAAGUUCAUUCACAGCUUAAGGAACACCACCGAAGUCAGCCCCUGUCAAAAGGAAGACGAUGUCGCCCUGGGGGACAACAACAGCAACGUCGUCGUCUUCAGAGUCCCUGUUCCUCCUCCCAGUAUCCAGUCUCGCACCCCCGCGAAGCCUCGGUCCUUGUGGAAGACGUGCUUUUUGCCUUGCUUCUGCGGGCUCCGCGGAUCCACUUGA